UCGUUGUUUCAUGUUGUUUCUUUUGUUAUCGUGAAAAGUUUAUACCGUUUGUAAAAUUUGUAUCAUACAUUUCAUGUAAACUUUGUGCUCAGUUAGAAAUGUGAUGUGCCUUUUUCUUUUCUUUAAUUUUACUGUACGAUUGGUGAUUUAAAGUAGCAUUCUAUGUUUUGAUUCUGAUGUAUUGUCGCCAAAUCGGAUAGUUGGCGCCAAUGUUAAAAACUGGAUGGUACAUUUUGAAGAAAAUCAAUUUGAAUGCUCUAGGCAAGAUGGGCGUAAAAAACUCAAGCCCAAUGCUGUGCCAACUCUUUUCACUGUGCCUAAUCCCCCACAACUGUUGACCCCACAGCGUCUAAAAGGCAUUGGUUUACCAAAGCACCGUUCAGUUACAUCCAAUUUUUGUAAUGGUGGCUUGCUGCACAGUUUACCUUUAUCAACUGAAGCGAUUUCUGUUGCUGAACCAUCUGUUGUUCAUUUGCCACAACCUUCAGCUUCAUAUUUUGGAGAAAUAAAUUUUGCUGCCGAAGUAUCUGAUGUUUGUUUGCAAGAACAAGCUUCAACUUCAUCUUGUGAUAAAAUGCCAUCUAUUUGUGAAGGAUCUCAUGUUUGUUUGCAAGAACAGCCUUUAGCCUCAUUUUGCAAUGAAAUACCAUCUAUUUGUGAAGGCUCUGAUGAUGUUCUUUUAAGGAAUUUUAUAAAACAGCAGACUGAAUUGAUCUCGCUUCUGCAAUGCCAGAACAAAAUAUUACUGAAAGAACUUACAGCAACCAAAAAAAAAAAAAAAAAAUGAAAUUAAUGUUUUAAAAAAAUGGCAUAGCACUGAAAUUCAACUUCAUGACCUUCAAGUACAGCAUGAGGAAUUGCUGAAAGGAGUGAAAACAUUUCUUUCAGAUGAACAAAUAGCAAUGUUGAAAAUUCCUCGUAGAAGCAUUGCAAAAUGGUCUAACGAGGGAAUAAUAAAAGGCCUCAAAGUUAGAUUUGCCUUGGGCAAGCAUGGUUAUAAUUACUUGCACAGAAUAGGUUUUCCUGUGCCUUCAUACAGCACUUUAAAUAAAAGACUUCAAGGUCUUGAAAUGAAUUUUGGAGUCAUCAGUGAGAUGAUUGAACCUU